AUGAGCAAUGCUGAGAUAAUCAGUUCUACAAACCUUAUACUUCUGCUAGAAGAUGAAAUCUUUGCUGAUUUUUUCAACACAUUUCUUUCUCUCCCAGUCUUUGGUCAGACCCCAUUUUAUGCUGUUGAAAAUUCACAGUGGAGCUUGUGGCCAGAGGUACCUUAUGACUUGAUUGCAAAGUACAAAGGAUUAUUGACCUGGUUGGAAAAAUACCGGUUACCUUUCUUCUGUAAAACCAAUCUGUGUUUCCAUUACAUUCUCUGUCAGGAGCUCAUCAGUUUCAUUAAGUCCCCAGAAGGAGCCAAGAUGUUGAGAUGGAAAAAAGCAGACCAGUGGCUACUCCAGAAGUGCAUUGGUGGAGUCAGAGGGAUGUGGCGCUUCUGUUCCUACCUCAAGGGCAGUACAGGUGAAGAGCUGACGGAUUUCUGGAUUCUUGCUGAGAAGAUCUUGAGCAUAGAUGAGAUGGACCUGGAAAUGAGAGACCACUAUCUGUCCCUCCUCCUUGUGCUGAAGGCUACCCAUUUACAGGAGGGUUCAAGAGUAGUGACUCUCUGCAACAUGAACAUCAAGUCCCUCCUGAACCUCUCCAUCUGGCAUACCAACCAAUCAACCACCAGGAGGGAGAUCUUGAGCCAGAUGCAGAAAGUAGCUCUGUUUAAACUGCAGAGCUAUUGGCUCCCCAACUUUUAUACCCAUGCCAGGACAGUUAUGGCCGAGGUGAAAUCAUGCCAAGGCCUGCUGCAGGACUAUGAGACCCGUCUGUGCAGUAUUUGCUGUAGUCACAUAGGAGAACUCCCUCUAAACAUGAGCGUCAAGAACUGCUACCACCCCCAGAAGCGAUACUCAAGCAAGAAGACCAAGAGGAGGAUGUGGCAGUUGACAGACCAUGGCUUUACUCUGGAAGUAGAUACCAGGCCAGAAACCAACAUUAUGCUCCCCCAGGAGCUGUGUUCUCAGGAGAAGGACACACACAAAUACAAAUAUCCACAAAUGCCCUCCCUGAAAGUGUCUUCUUCAAAGGAGAGAAUAAUCAGUUCCCUGAAAAAGGAUAUUCUCUGUGCCAGGAAAUCCAAGAGCCACCUCCACAUGGAGGGCCUCUUUGAGACAACAUUCUCUACACACCUGAGGACUGUCACCCCCAUCAUCAGUCACUGCCCCCAGAUGACAGUCAAGGAAGUCAUCAAACAAAGCAUCUCCUUAGGGUACACCCACUGGGCCUUAUGUGCUGAUGGCUGUGCAGGGGGUCCCUUCCGGGACUAUCUGAAAAAGCAGAAUUUGAAAGUGGAGGUCCAACUCCUGGAUCUCUGGCAGGACCUGCACCAUUUCCUCAGUGUCCUGAUGAGUAACAGGAAAACUGGGAAUACUGUCUUUCGGCACAUGCUGGGCAACAGAAUAUGUGAACUCUACCUGAAUGAACAGAUUGGCCCAUGCCUACCACUAAACUCCCAAACCAUUGAAGGCCUGAAGGAGAUGCUGCCUUCUGGGGAUGAAAACCCCUGGAUUUCCAGAGCCCAGAGGGAGAUCUGCAAGAUGCUCAGCUCCUGGUAUGAUGAAUUCCUGGAUGAAGAGGACUACUGGUUUCUCACUUUUACAACUCAGACCAAGCUAAUCAGAGGCAGAUGGCAUAAAAAAGGAUCUAUAAGCAGAGAAGAGAAUAUUCUUCUUUAUAAGAGAUGUGAGGAAUCCCUGGAGCUAAGCCAGGGUCUGGCUAACAUGGAGGAAAUGGAUUCUCUGCAGUGGCAAAAGAUAGCUACUGAGGACCUGAGACAAAGAGGGUCUCUCCAUGUAGAACUAAAGUCUCCAGUGUUUCAAGCAGACCCAGAGAAAAUGUCCUUUGCAGAACUCUGCUAUAAGUAUCCAAAGGUAGCCAUACAGAAGAUCAGUGAUGACUAUAAGAUAUAUUGUGAAAAAGCACCUAAAGCAGAUGUUGCCGUGGAAAUUAUCAGAGAACCAAGAAAGGUUUCAUCGGCACCUAGGAAAAUGUCCCAUUACAAAAAGACUGCUGUGAGGAAGCCGUCUUUACGACCCAGAAACUUGACAGAAGUCCUCCUAAAUACAGGCCACUUGGAAUACUUAAAGGAGUUCCUCAAAGAACAACAGGCUGAUAGCCCCUUGAAAUUCCUGAUAGCCAUGCAUAAGCUCAGUAUUGAGACAAAUGAAAAAAUUUACAAGUCUCUGUUUGAAAAUAUAAUCAAGACUUUCUUCCAUGGCAAAGUCCCUGCUGAGGAAAUACUGCAGUGUGAUGCUCCUGUUAUCCAAGAAAUCUCUCGCAUGGGUCAUAUCAGCACAGCUACAUUAUUAAUGGUGCAGAGCUAUGUCAUGAAAUCUCUGGAAGAAAAGUGGUUUAAAGAUUACCAAGAGCUGUUCCCACCUUACCCUCAGGAAAGCCAUAUUGAAGUGCAAACUUAUAAGAAGCCCUCAAAGACAACAACUUACCUACAUGAAUCUAAGAAGAGAGGCUGGCUGAAAAUGAUUAGCCUUAUUAAGAGCUUUUGCAAGUACCGCAGAUUUAUGUCUAAUCCCAGUAAUCGUCAAGAAUUUGAAGAAUAUCUUCACCUGGAAGUACAAAAUACCAGGGAAAAUCUCCCCACAUUACCAAAUGUAUCAGGACGACUUACCACAAAUGCCGCAAACGUUCGGAGUACAGACCUUGAGAAUGGAGAUAUAAUCCUUGUGAAGCGUCGUAUAUUUGGCUACAGGAUUAUCAUCAUCAACUUUGCAAUCAAUGAUUUAUAUUUUUUUUCUGAAAUGGUCAAAUUUAAUGAUUUGGUGAGUUCAGCUCACAUGCUGCAAGUCAACCGGGCAUACAAUGAGAAUGAUGUGAUCCUGAUGAGGUCCAAAAUUAAUAUCAUCCUAAAGCUCUACCUGAAUUCUGAAAUUCCUCCAAAGCUGAGGGUGAACAUCUCUGAAUCCCAGAAGGAUGCUAUCCUUGCUGCCAUUGCAGAGGGCCACCUAGAUCGGAGCAUCUUCCAUGGGAGUAUCAUGUCUCUGUUCCCCAUCAUUAUGUACUUCUGGAAAAGAUUUUGUUCCUGGAAGGCAGCCUGCUCUUACUUCCAGUACAGGGGGAAGAUAGUUAAGGAUAAAAAACCUCCUCCUAAGUCCAUUCACAUGUAUUCUCCUUUGAAUGCAGGAGACAACACCAUUUUAAGAUUCACCUUACUCAGAGGUAUUGAGUGGUUUCAGCCUCAACAGCGGGAAAUAAUAACAAGUUCAGUCCAAAAUUCUUCAUCUAGCAACCUUACCCCAUCAAGACAUGGGCUCUCCACUGUGCAGCUGUGUCCUAUUACAGGAAUAUGAAAAGACGUCUGUCCUUCAUGUUGAGUGUCUUCAGCUGAUCCAGGUGUUGCUGCAGAGAAGGGGGGCAGCUGGUGUACAGGACCUCAG